CAGGACCCAUGACCCUGACACGAGGUUCCUUCAGCUACUCCAAUGGCGAGGAGUACCACGGCGAAUGGAAAGAAGGUCUGCGUCAUGGCCUGGGUCAGCUGACCUUCAGCGACGGGACGUGCUACACCGGGCAGUUUGAGAACGGCCUCUUCAAGGGCUGUGGGGUGCUGGUCUUCCCUGAUGGCUCCAGGUAUGAAGGUGAAUUUGUUCAGGGCAAAUUUCAAGGUGCCGGCGUCUUCACUCGCUUCGACGGGAUGAGGUUUGAGGGCGAGUUUAAAAGCGGAUGCGUGGAUGGCUACGGAGUGCUGACGUUUUUGGACGGCGGCGGUGGCAGCCAUGAGGGCAUUUUCGAGAACAACCAGCUGAUGAGGAGGGAGAACAGCCAGGGAGCCGUGCAGAGAGCGCAGGCAGCAGCCACCAAGGCCCGAGCCCUGGCCAUGUGACCCGGACUACAUCACCCAGUAUGCCCCAGUACCAGGAUCAUCCUCCCCCCAUCCUCCUCCUCUUGGUUUGAACAGCUGAUUAUGUUAUUAUGUUAAUUCUUGCACCUGCAGUAUUCUCUGGAGUAGAAAUCAAUGGCUCCAGUAAGCUGAUAUGUGUUCAGUGUAUAUAUAAGGCCCUUUUUUGCAUCCAAUUAGAAAGCCACUGAUUCAGGAUCAGCUGAGCCGAACACAAAUUAACUGUUCAGUCAACACACUGGUGCUAACUCAGGCUCAGCUAACCUGACAAAACGAAAAUAAACUCUGGAUUCAAAAGUGCAUGUGGGCGUUUUCCAGUAAACACUGAUCUGGUGAUUUUCAUGACAAAGAACAUCCAGACAUCUGGAUUGAAACUGGGCAAUUUAAAGUCUACAUGGGGUUAGGGGUUUACGGAGCCCCGGAGAAAGAAAUGUAUAUAUCAAGGCCACGUUUUACUUACUUUACAUCAAGCACUAGAAAUGCUAUUGCGUGCAUGUAUCCCUUUUGAUUUUCCGGUGUCUGAUUUAAUGUCGCCCGAACUUGCAUGGCCCAGUACAGUUCAGACAAUGUGAGCUUGCUUCCCGUUCAUCAAAUAUAAUAAUUUAUUAACUAACUAUUGUAGCAUUGAUCAGUUAACAUAAUUCUGCCAAAUCCUCCUGUGUACUAACCAAGACAAUAAGUACAGGUAGGAGUGCUAAGCUAGCGUGCACAAAUUAAUAGUUAAAAAGCGGGAACGUCUUUCAUUCCCCAAUUAGCAUUUCAGGCAGUAAAAUAUGGCCUUGAUAAUAUAUAUUAUUUCCUCUCUAUGGUCACUCUGGGGCUCCAUAAGGAUUCAGUGGCACUUUAUAGAAUCUGAAUCAGAUUAUUUAAUCUGCAUCUCAUUCCCUGAUUGAAUCCCUUAUUGGUUCUAAUUAGGUUUAGUUUUCAACAUUUGCAAGUAAUUAAAGUUAUUAAUAACUAAAACUCAGAGAAUCAAUUUAGACCUGUAAUUAUCUUUUGUUGCCUGAGAAGGAAGAACUUUUUUAAUAGCAGACUAAUUAAUGUUUACAACUGCAACCUGAAAAUGAGAUGAGCAGCAGAAGAUAGAAACAUGUGAAACAACAGCUGUAGCUUACUUACUUUUCACACUUUAUCAUUAACAAGUUAGUUGCUGCAGCUUGUGGGGGGCCUGAGCAGGCUCACUCUGGGGCCAGAAACUCUCCGAAAACACACCUUGCUUAUCCUAGAAAUCCUGAAAGAUUCACACAAACACACACAGGCUUUAUUAAAGAUUCCAACACAUAUAUCUCUUUGAAUUCAAAACAGAACAAAAAGGUUAAUAGGAUGAAACUAUUGAUAGGAUAUACAUAAAAGUAGAGCUCAAACAAUUCCUCGAGUUACUAAAAAUAAUCUUUGUAUGCUAGUUAGAAGCUAUGAGUCAUUGGUUUCUCUAUUGUAUAUUAACUAUAGCUAUAUUGCUACUGUUGCUUCCAUCAUUACAUACAUUGAAUAAUCGACACAGUACUCGAUUACUUAAUUAAUCGAUAGCUGCAGCCCUACAUAAAAGGUUAAAAGACUCCUGACUGACUCCUGAAACUGGAGUGACGAAACCUGAUUAUUACAGUGGACUCAGGUCCCGACUGUAGUGAAUGUGGGACGUUGCUGUCUAACAAAUCUUUGAGAGCACACCGACCAAACAACAGUCGGAUCAGUCUGAUCUGUUUAUGUGUGGAGUUAACAUUAAUUAGUGAUAAACUGAUGUAAUCUGCCGCCGGUGAUCUUUUGUCACUUUAACAUGUGAGGUCAACCAGGAGAAGCCUGCUAAUGCUGCCUAAAUUAUCUGCACAUUCCUAAGGACUGAAAGAUUUAGCUCAGAACUGGAUCUAAAAUUGGAACCGACAUCCAAACCCAACUCUGCAUCCUGAAUGUAUUAAACUGCAUUUAAAUUACAAGAUUUAAGACCUGCUUGAUAUUGAAAUACAGUAAUUUAAAUACUGUUAAAACAGUUUUGGUUUCCCUGGAAGAACUAUGUCAUUUGGUACUAAUUACAGAGGACACUGAAACAAUAUUGAAUUAGUACACCUUAAAUUAAUUAACUCAAAUUAACUACAGUUUUCCUUAUCCAACUUUAGGCAUGCUGCAAGCAAGACUUUCUAAGAAAUUACCAAAAUGAACCUUCUUUUCAACCAAAUUUCUGGACACACUUUAAAUUGCCAGAUCACUGCUCACUGGGUUUCCUGCCUUUCUGUUGAAAGACACAUUUGUUCUGACAUCUGACCUCUUUUUGGUGCUCUGGUAUUUAAAUAUAGUUUAUUGUAAGCUAGCAAAAUGUCAGAAGGGUGUAGAUCUCGGCUAAAGUACACGUGAGCCGCAUCUUUUGUUGUUUUCUUUCACUCAGUGCCGUUACAGCUCAGUCUGAUCACAGAUCAGCGGGAACAUCCCCCUCAGUGCCAACCACGCAGUGCCAACAGGCUGCAGCUGAUCCGGAACCAGUGGCUCGUCAUGAGAGAGGAAGCUGGGGGUGUAGAGGAUGGGGAUGGAAAUGCCAGCAGCGUUCAGGGCGCAGUGCUGAAAGAAGAAUCCAGAGAGUUUUACAUUUGGAGAAGAGAAGCCAGCUGCUUUGCUGGUCAAAGGAAUGAAAUAGAGGCUGGGUGUCAAAUAACUUGCUGAACUUGAGGGGUUUCCUUCCAGAAAGGACCUUUUCUUCAUGUGAAAUUUGAUAUUUUUAAACAAGAAUAAGAAAAAGAUAAUAAUAAGAAAAAGAUAAUUUGUAAUUUGCAUCAGGAAUCCAUUAUGUGCGUUGACUUAAAGUCACGACUUAUUUACCAAAACAAGACUUAAUUAUUGUUUCAAAUGGUUUCUUUUUUCGCAUGUUUCUGAAAUGAAACUCCUUUCCAGCGAGGCAAAAACGUUCUAAUCUGCUUUAUGCAGCUUGUUUUUAUUAGUCUGUUUUUCACAUCCCUAAUUAAUGAUGUCACACACAGUGUUUAGUGUUUGUGUAUAAAUCACCCCAAAAUCCUUCCACCCCACUCAGAGGAGUAAAAACAAAAAGGCGUAAGCAUCACUGUUGUGAACUUAACAAAGCUUGUGAUAAGCUCUAACACAUAUUUCAUGCGUGCGUCGUGCCUGCUGGGAAUCAGCGUCUGUCUGUGUAAUGAGACUGAUGUGUAGAUGUGCCACGUGUGUGUAUAGUCGUAC